GUAACGUAAAUAUGGCGGACGUGACGUCAUCAGCCGCCUUCAUCCGGGGACCGAGACCCUGGACCUUCCCUCCUCCCAGUGCCCUUCCAUUAGUAUUUAGUGUUAUUUCCUAUAUUUUCCAGCUGUUUUCAUGCAUAGAGAAGAAUAGAAAGAGGAGGAAAGAAGGAGAAAUGAAGAAGGAGGAGGAAGAAGAGGGAAGGGAAGGAGGAAGAGGAGAAGGAAAAGAAGAAAUAUUAAGAAAAGAUUUUCACUGAAUUUCCAGCGUUUUAAAGAGGAGGAAGAGGAAGAAAGGAGGAUGAGGGUGAGGAAGACGAGGAAGAGGAAGAGGAUUAAAUUUAUUGCAUUUUUCUUAGACAGUCCUCAGGAUGUCAACAUUGUAUAAUGGUACAGUGUUGAGACAGGGACGGUCGCGUUAUAAUUCACUAAUUGAGGUUACUUUUGAUAAAUAAACAACUAGUACGGAGUCUUUUAAGUAUUUUACAUUAUCUUAUACCGGAAAAUAUUAAGGAAAAGUGGCGUAAAUAAGAAAAAAAAGGCAAAGAUUAGAGAUGUGGGAUUUUAUAACUUGUGGUAUCUUAAAAUACUAGUAUAAGAUAAACCCUAUGCAAAACGAAUAAUAUAACCUUUAUUAAUCAUCAUAACCUAGAAAACCGAUAAAUAUAUAUAUAAAAACCAGUGUAAUUAGUAAAAAACAAAAAAACUGUCCCUGGGAAGUGAGACGGCCCACAGAGUCGCGCCAAAAACGUGGAUUUACAGGCCAGGCAUCUUAUGUUUAACCAGGUGUACAAGGUGCUGGCUUUCAAGGGCUCCUCCACACCUACAGACACACGCACACACCACCAGAUACAGGAAGAAUUAAUUGAUGAGCUACAGAACUACACCAUCGUUCAGGUGGCAGCCGGAGACCAGCACUCUCUUGCUCUCACCUCCUGGGGCCUGAUCUACGCACGGGGUGACAAUGGGUACGGUGAGCUUGGCGUCAACUCCUGCGACAGUCACACCGCCACACGCAAGCUUGUCAAGAGUCUGGCCAGGAAGGUGACAGUGCAGCUGGCCUGUGACGCCAACCACACCCUUGCCUUGACUGCUGAUGGUGACAAAAUACCUUCGGCCAGUUGGCACUUAGACACCGACAGGGGCCCCAGAAGGAUCCUGCCCUGGUGACCUCCUUGGCUGGCACCCUCUUAGUCCUGCUGGCCGCUGCGGGUCACCACUCUGCUGCCGUGACCCAGGCCGGCUACCUGCUGUUGUGGGGGUCAAACAAGCAGGGUCAACUGGGCUAUACUCCCAAGGGUGAUCCUCUUGUUAGAUCUUCGCAGGGGGUGACGUCAGCUUGGCCACUGUCAGCAGGGAGAGUGGGGGUGCUGAGGACUUGCAGCCCUCCCCUACCCCGACCAAAUGCCCUCUCUCUCACAAUUCAAGAACAUAUGAUUAAGAAACUUCUGUCAAUUGAGGAAGAAGACAUGAUUGAUGACGAUUUGUUUACGUACACAGAGACAGUGUUUGCCUCAGUGUGCGCUUGGAACAGCUCCUUCACGCUUGCUGGCUUGCACAAACACACACACGGGCUGGACUACCGUUUGGCUGAGGACUGUGUGGCUCAGAUUGGCCGGAUUGCAAGGGAGACCAUUCAGGAAGUGGCGAGUGCGUGCGUUUGUGUGCGUUUCACUGCAUUUUACUGAAGGUUUCCCAGGACAAAACAGGACAAACCGACCUGCUGGCAUUUCACACGCAGAAUCUCACAAGCGUCCACUGAUCCAUUACCGAGCUAAUCCAAACGUAUCCAAACGUCCACAGGUUCGUACUGGCAUUCAAAACGUGGCCAAGAGUCUUCCUUCGCAUCCCCCAGCCAGGACGCCUUACGCUGUUAUGUCCUUCCCCUGUACAAGGACUUCACUGACCCUAAACAAACGGCCAAACUCCAAACGCCGUAUGCUGAGGGAGUGUUGAAGCUUGACAAGGAGAUGGCGGAGGUGUUCAGGACUUUACACUAAGGCUGGUUACUUUGUACAAGAAUGUGGUGGUACAAAUACUGAAUUCAGCUCACCAAUGUAGCUCUGAGAGACCGGCGUGCCCUUGUGUCUUCCCUGCGGCUGUUGUCCCUGGUCCACGGUCUGAACUUCCAAGCCGGCUGCCGAGUGGGGCGGUUGAACUACGACGACUUUUACAUCCCAGAAAUUGCAGAGAAAAUUGAUAUUAGGAAUGAUUACUUGAACUGGAUGAACAGCAGGCUUCACCCGAUGUCCAGGAGGGAGAGUCCAAUCCUGUUCUGUGAGUAUCCAUUCUUGUUCGACCCUCAGGCCAAGACGCUGCUGCUCAGGUGUGACGCCACUCGGCAGGGCGAAUGUUUCCCAGACCACCCGGUCAUACGCACGUUCUGGGAAGUAUUUCACAAACUCUCCCUGGAGCAGAAGAAGUUGUUUUUGAAGUUCCUGACGGGCACUGACAGGGUUCCUAUUCUGGGCAUGAAGGCACUCAAGUUGAUGAUCCAAAGCACAGCAGACGACAGCUUCCUUCCGGUCGCACACACCUGCAUCACACAACUCGACCUGCCAAAAUACAACACCAAAGAGAAGCUGAAAUACAAACUUCUACAGGCCGUACAGCAGAGUGAAGGGUUCGGCCUGGUGUGAGGGUGUCAGGGGGUGUUGACGGGGUGUGAGGGGGUGUUGAAGGGUGUGAGGGGGUCAGGGGGAGGCUGUGUGAGUUGGAUAAGAGUGACCUUGUGUGUGGGAGGAAGUGCCUGUUAAGAAAAUAGAAUAUAUAGAAAUUAAUAGAAAAUAUAUGUAAUAGUUUACAGAAUUAUUAUUAUUAUUAUUAUUAUUAUUAUUAUUAUCAAAUUGAGUAUAUUUUUUAGUCUUGUUACAAAAAAAAAUGAGUGAAAUAAAGAAAAUGAAAAAGGUAA